AUGUUAAGCAAUAAAACUAGAGGUUUAAACAAUAUAGCUAACAGCACAGCCUUAAACAAUGACAGUUCAGAACUAUGCCUCCCAUCUUGGAUUCUUGACGCCGUCAACGUCCAGUCUGUGUACAUCAGUGACACUGUGAUAACGGUCGUGAGCAUCCCAUUCGCCUUAUUUGCCGUGGUCGCUAACUUGGCUGUUUUAGUCAUCAUAAUCCGCUCUCCUUCACUCCACCGUCCAGUUAACGUGAUGCUGUGUAGCCUGGCUGCCUCUGAUUGUCUAACCGGCCUAGUUCUUCAACCUGUGUACAUAGCAUGGCGCUUUCUUCUGCAUCAUUUUCAAGACACUUGCAAAUUGGUUCAUCUUUACCAAGCCAGUAAAUCUGUUCCUUUCAUGCUUAUCGGUUGCACCUUCGUGAACUUGUCAAUAAUGAGUGUCGAAAGAUUGUAUGCUGUUUCAAAGCCCCUUGCCUAUUCAGCAAAAAUAACACUGCAAGGUAUGAAGAACUAUGGCAAACCCUUACCUGUGCAAAUGGAAAUUGCUUUACAUUCCUUUUCGAAAAUGAUUUUUUUAGACAAAUGGAAAAUGGUUUUAGGUAGCCUGAAUUUCAGACGAUUACUUCGAGUCGUUUUCUCCUCUCAGCAACGUCUGAAUCGACCAGCCGUUAAGGCCGCCCAGUGACGUCACUAUCCGAAAACCGAGUAGUGAUUUUGGUCGGUUGAUUGUCCAAACUUUGGCAUAAUUAUGUAUAAUUAUGAGAAAUUAUGGGGACAUUGUCGUUUGAUAUCCAGCGGCUCACAUACCUGGCAUCAGUACUAAUGGUCCUUGCGUGGAGCUCAAAAAUUUCGACAAUCCUUUAACGUAAACAGCAAAAUUGCCCUUGCCUUCGAAAUUAUGAAUUGUUAAGUUGAACUACGAAUGAAGAAUUAUUGCGGAGAGUCGGUAGGUUUUUCGUUAACAGCCGCUUUGUGGUUUCGGCAGUGCUUUUGUCUGUGCGAAGUUUUCCAUGUCGGAGAUUUAAGUCAUAAUUCGACCUUCUUGUCAUUUCAAACGUCAAGUGUAAUGAUUCUGUUAGCUUUUAUUUCUUGUUUCCUUGUUUUCUUUUUUCUUCGUUAAGGACCAAAUAGCUUCUUUUCAAUUAAAGCUAAAGCGCCGUUGUGUUUUUGAACUAAGUGUUCAGUACCCCCCAGACAUUUUCAAACGAUCUUUCUUGCGGUUUGCCAGUUGAAAAUCGUGUCUGACUUUCUGCAUGAACUAAAGCAAAGGGGUAGUGACUUCAUUGGACGGCAUUAACGGCCGGUCGAUUCAGACGUAAAAGCGGCUCGAAAUAAUUGUCUUAGGGGGUUUAGGAACGAAAUUAUUUAGGCCGCUUCCCUAAUCUUCUAAACCUACAUUACUUUUCGGGGGCCUUGUUUUAAGCCACAGUUACAAGAAUUAUGAUGAAAGUAUAAUGAUAGGCUGUUUUUCCCCAAUUACGUCUUACAGCGUACUUACUGCUCUCGCCGGAACAGCUAUCUGAGGGGCUCAAACUAGCCGAGGUUUGAAGUUUUCGACUUCUUUUGGUAUUCAAGCUUAUUCAGCUGCGUACAAAGCUUUGCAUUGAUGGUCUUUUAGUUCAUUUAUCUCUUUACAAAUGACAAAUUUAUUAUUUUCAACAAUUAUUUUCAAAGAUCGAUAAAAAAGGACAAAAUUUCCCAGUCAGUACUAUGCCAGCGCGGGUCCGAAAUGCAAAACACCGGUUUGACUAGAACAGAUUAUAAUAGCUUUAAUCACAAAUCCAUACGCGUAAUACAUCUCCAAAUCGCUAAAGAAGUGAAUCUGUCAAACUAGAUAUACAGAUGCACAGUUGGUACACAGAAAAACUGGAAAACGGCAAGCAGGAAAGUAAAAACUUACGCCUUUCCGGGCUCUAACUUUGGACCGCGUGGUCGAUAACAUAACAAAACAAGCACGCAUGCGCAGAAAUCCUGGCCACACACAAGACGUAAAAAACGGCGGAACACGGGGGCCGCUACAAGUACCUUGCAGGAUUCAACGUAAUCACAUAGUUGAAACGAAAUCUCCAUCAAGCAAUUUUUUUCCUGCACUGUAAAAUUCUAUGAAGGUCAUUUUCAACCCUAAUCUGAACGAAGCAAAAGAAUCCAACGUAAGAGUUCCUUCAGUGUUUUGGGAAUUUUUUGAUUGUGCUUUUUAAAGUGAUUGUAAGAAACACGUGACAUUAUUUUGUCCAUGACACUAGGAAAGUGUUUUCCAAAAUAAGACAACUAGGUUUUUUUAAGUUUAAAGUUACAUACUGUUACCCAUGAAAUCCCUUGUUCUUUAGAGUAUGAGGCUUCUCUAGGUUUUUAAGUAAUUAAGUGGAGGGGGAGGGGGGUGAGGUAGAAAAGCCUGACGCACACGCCUAUGAGGUUUUAAUCAAAAAUUGAUUAGAUUGUCGUUUUUUUUUGUUUUUGAAAUCCCCUUUUUUCCCUUUUCCACAAUUAAAAGGCUUUUUCGUACUAUCCAUCUUAGUUAAGCGUAAAAUGAAGCCCCCAGGAGCAUUUGGUGCUUUUUCAUUUUCUGUGCCCCUAGGUCACGAUGAAUUCCAAAUACGGUACUUAUCGUUGCGACAAUCGAGACAAGGAUGCUUGAUCAAAACAGUCCUUUUAUGAUGCCGGGCAGCCAGCUAAGCCAGUAACCCAUGUCUUUACUAACUUUAUUCUUAAAAUUAAUUACAAUAAUUGUAUUUCAGGAAUGGUAAAGAUAGUCAUUAGUGCAUGGGUGAUCUGGUUCAUCUACAUAAUCCUUCUGGAAACUGCGGUGCCUGAGGUACUUUAUCAAGCGCUGGAAAGUAUCACGAUGAUUUCAAUGAUGAUCAUACCAAUCGGCGGACACGUCUUGACUUUCCAGGCAAUCCGCUCCAACAACAAAAAGAUCUUAGAUGCCACCCACAACUCUCAACAAGCGAUCCUUUUUAAAAGGGAGAAAAAGGCUUUUGCAGAUAUGGCAUUGUACACGGUAGCGACGCUCCUGUCCAUUCUUCCUAUCCUCUUACUUCUGAAUGUGGAAAAAAGCAUUGUGUCAGGACACAUUCUGUUCCCUUGGGCGUCAGUCUUCUCCCAGUUGAUAUCCAGUCUUAACCCUGUUGUUCAGAUUAAAAAAAAUGCCGCUUUGAGGCAGGCUUUGAAGUUUGCAAUGUGA